GCGGGCGCGGAGGCGCGGCGCGGCCCGGGCACAGAUUCGGACGCCGGGUGUCGGGUGGCUCCGGCGUCCGUGACCCCCGGGGUACGGGCUGGGGGCGCAGGGGACUCCCGUGCACGCCCCCGUGAAGACCGUCUAGAUGGUGUGCGCGUGUGUUUCCUGGGCCGUGCGGACCGCCCAGCGCUGGGACUCUUUGGGAGAAGAUGGUCUAGAAACUUCCAGCUGAACUCUCAUCUCUCAACACUGGCAAAUAUUCAUAAGAUCUACCACACUCUUAAUAAGCUAAAUCUAACAGAAGACGUUGGCCAAGACGAUCACCCAACAGGAAGCCUGCGGUCUUGCAGCUCUUCAGACUGCUUUAGUAAAGUGAUGCCGCCGAGGAAAAAGAGGAGACCUGCCUCCGGAGAUGACUUAUCCGCCAAGAAAAGUAGACACGAUGGCAUGUAUAGGAAAUAUGAUUCAACCAGAAUAAAGACGGAAGAAGAAGCCUUUUCAAGUAAGAGAUGCUUAGAGUGGUUCUACGAAUAUGCAGGUACUGAUGAUGUUGUAGGUCCUGAAGGAAUGGAGAAAUUUUGUGAAGACAUUGGUGUUGAACCAGAAAAUGUAGUUAUGCUUGUCCUAGCUUGGAAACUGGAUGCACAAAACAUGGGUUAUUUUACUCUACAGGAAUGGUUAAAAGGAAUGACUUCUCUACAAUGUGAUACAACAGAAAAACUCAGAAAUACUUUGGAUUACUUAAGAUCAUUAUUAAAUGAUUCUACAAACUUUAAACUUAUUUACAGAUACGCGUUUGACUUUGCACGGGAGGGAAAAAAAACUAUGAUACAGUACCGGAAAACGGACCUAGGGAGCAUCAAAGUGGAGAAAUGGAAUGAGGAAAAGGACCAGCGCAGCCUAGACAUAAACACUGCCAAGUGCAUGUUGGGACUGUUAUUAGGAAAAAUCUGGCCCCUUUUUCCAGUUUUUCACCAAUUCUUAGAGCAAUCAAAAUAUAAAGUUAUUAACAAAGACCAGUGGUGCAAUGUGCUAGAGUUUAGCAGGACAAUUAACCUUGACCUCAGCAACUACGACGAAGAUGGAGCGUGGCCAGUUUUGUUGGACGAGUUUGUGGAGUGGUAUAAAGACAAACAGAUGUCCUAGGACUUUAUGCAUAGCAGCGAGAGAGUCACUGUUACCACAGAUAUGUCAACCAUUAGCCAUAAAUUGCUGUUUGUAUCAAAGCGCAUGCUGCUUUUCUUGCACUGUCUCCCUUUUGCAGGGACGUUUUGGUGUUUGCUAUUGAAUGGGCCAGCUCUGCUUGCUGUGUAGCAUUGUUCUCUUGGAAGGCUGCUUUGCAGUUUGUAUUUACACUACAGAUUGGUGAAUUUGCCAACGUCCUCACUGUGAUGAUGUGUAUAUUGCUGUUUAAAUUUUGUAUAUGUGUAUAAAAAGAAAAAGCUUCACCUAGAGAUUAUUUCUGCAAAACUGUAUUGUAAAAAUAAUUUUUGUGGCAUAUUUCUAGUCCCUUUUUUCAGAUGAACCGAUUAUACUUUAUUUGGUCUCAAAUGUAGCAUUUCAGAACACAAGAGAGAACAGCUGUUACCAUAAGCAAAUGUUGCCAGAAUUAACCUCAUUGUUAAAGAGGCCAACUUUUGGAAGGAGGUGGGAAUCAGAACUUUUCCAGAGGCAUAUGCCAAAUAUAAUUUGAUUUCCUUAAAUAUGAGCGUUUUUUAAAUGAUGAAAGUUACAAUUAUUUGAGCAUAUAGACUUGUCCCACAUGCCACAAAUGAUUUUCACCACGCAAGGUGUAGGUUUCUAUUCUCUGAUGUUAAAGCCGUAGUAGUUUGAAUAUAGGUACAAAUGAACAAAUUAAAAUUGCACCUUUUUUUAAAUGAGUUUGAAACUCUCGUAAACUUCCUUUACGGUCUUCUUUUUCCUUUUGCAUUCUCCUAGUCAGUGUUGGGUCUGCCGAUGCUUCCCGUGCCAUUCAAGUAACAUUGAUUUUGCCUCCUCCGCGGAAACCUAAUGGUUUGCUGGCAGUUUGUAACCGCAGAGCACUUUCAGUUGUGGUUUGGAUUUUUAGUUAAGCUUUCAUGGUGUCUAAUUUUCUAAUUUUUCGGAAAAAAGAACUAUACUGUAAGUGAGAGGUGUUUUCUUUUGUUUUCUUUCUUUCAUGCUAGGCUUUUCCUGGCAGGAUGUCCAUUGCAGGCAGUGGACACGAAACCACCAGCAUUGAGCUAACUUUAUUACACAGUAGGACCUUUCCUGGAGGGGCCACUCGUCAUUCAUUACCCGAGUAAUUUGUACAGAAAGGUGAUAGCCAUUAUUUAUGUGGAUGAGGAAACAAGAGUAAACAGGACGGUAUUUUUAGGUUUGUAUUUUGUGUCUUUUUUUUUUUUUUCCUUGCCUUACCCUUCUUGAGGAAAUGUCUAGAUAACAUGUUUUCCCCUCAACUAUCUGGUGCUAUUGAAUGACUAAUUUAGUCCCUAAAGUUUUGUGAAAACAUAAAAGUCUAAUGAUUUAAACCAAGUAAAAAGCUAAUGGUGCAUUUGAACAAGUGAAUGCUGUAGGUGUGAGCAAGACCCAUGAUGGAAUAAUGAUUGGAAGAGGUUCGGCUUACUGCAAAAUCUGGCCAAAAAAAUCUUUCGGAUUAAAUGUGAACCUUUAAAUGGCAUUAAAUGAGUAAAGCACACAGACAAUGCUACUCCUGACCACUAUUUCACAGUUUCUUUGCAAACAGUGUUCAGAUUUUCAUAUUAUUUUUUUCCCCUAACUGAACCACCAAAGACAGAAAAUUUUGUAUGUAUAUACGGUGUGUGUGCAUAUACAAGAUCAUGAUAAUGGUAGAAGGAAAUCACUUCCUUUUUCUACCAAAUAGAAAGGUGUGGUUUGCUGUGAAAUAAACCAGAAGUGUGGAAAACUCUGUAGUGAUUAAGCAGACUUAAUCAUUCCUUGCUUAGGAACUGUAGACUCGCCUCUACCUUACAACUUCAUACCAGUUUGCACAAAUUAAUAUCUGAAGAGAAUAGAAGAUGUUGAUGGCAAAGCACAGCUCUUGGGACCGAUGUGUUGCAAGGGGUUCCAUUCCCACAGGUGCCUGGUAUUCCAGUGGCGAUGGGCCAGAGGCAGGUUUGAAUUUGUGAAAGACGUGAUUCAUUUUCAGAAGUAUCUGGUAAAGUUAAAAAAGAAGAAAAAAAUCACACUUUAAAGGCAACAGUUCUUAGAUUCGGUCAACUAUGGUUUUUGCUUAAAGAAAUCAUAGAUGAAAUUAUUUUAAAAGUUAGGGUUAGGAACUGGAGAAUGUUUUUAAAACACUAAGCACAGUUAAUCCUAACAUAAAAGGAUUGUUACGGGGAGCUGUUACAUUUCAUCCACAGCGAACAUUUUGAUAAUAGGGGGAAAAACUAUGCGUGAAUUAGAAUAUGAAAGUAAGUAUUCCAAGGUGUCGAUAAUCUUGCAUAUUUAGAAGACUCCAAAUAAUUUUUAAGCUGCCUUGAAAAAUAAACCUCUGUGACUGUGGAGAGCUUGCCCUUGGUUCUUGAUUUUAUGCAGCUAUUUUUAGGGAGAGGAAAAGGGGCCAAACGCAUAGUAAUAAGAUACUUUUCUCUUAAAAAUGUCCCUAAGUUACAUAAAAUUGAGCAGUCAGUCAUCAGACACUUACUGGCUAAUGUUAAAGAAAUUAGGGUGCCUUCUUCUGGUUUUUGUUUCUUACCUGUCUACACCCCUUCUCUCCUGCCACUGUGUCUUGAACUACCCAUUGCAAUACUCUGUCGUCAUGGAAUACAGCCUUUCGGUGUUUACUGGUAGGUCAGAAAGUCCAUGAUUUGAUUUGCCGUAAACACCCACGGUAACGUAGCGCGCAGCUUUCCCGAAGCAUGAACUCUGAAUUAAGUUCGUACAGAUCUGACUUGACAAACCUGUAGCUUCUCAUUUCACGACACACGUCUGCUGCCUCUCCGGCUCCAUUUUAACAGUGCUUUUGAAGUUUAUCCAGAAAGCUUUCCAAGUUAGUUUGUGCCCUUGGUUUUUAUUCUUAAAACUGCUAAAAUACCUCUGUAAGCCUUAUCUUUUAUUCUUUCAUAUGUUGUAUAAUAAAUGUAUAGAAUCCAUUGACCAACUAAAUGUUGGGUGUCUGUAAAUGAGACCAAAACGUGGGUUGCUUUUUAUCAUAAAAAAACCUUUCCCCUGGGGGUUACUGUUAAACGGACAGCAGCCAACCUGUAACUGUGAACGCUUCGUGUCGUCGGUAUCUGCAUUACGUCCAUAAACCUGUGACUCCAGCUUAACUAAAACACUGUUAUGCCACCUAACUUGAGUACAGCAAACUGGUUUUAGGUUUUAAUGGAAUUGAUGUAAAAUGAUAUCCCAUAAAUAAAAAGUAUUUGUGUUUGGUUUCAGAA